UGUGAGUAUAUAUCUGUGUGUUGUCAGAAAUGAUUUGUCAGCCAUCAUGUGACCUACUGUCACUCUCAAAACUUCAAUUUUUACUAUAUAAUACAAUGCGUAAUAAUUAAUUUUUUAAUUUUCUUAUACAUAACCUUGGUAAACAUCUUAGCAAAAAUGAUAUUUAAAUUCUAUGAUAGAAGAAGAUUUAAUUAGAAGAUUUGACAUUACAUUUUUCAUCCUUGUUAGUAAAAAAAUAACAAAAUAUGAAUUCAAUGCCUCCCACUAAACCUCCGAGAGGUAUUAAACCAACCAAAGAAACGAGUGGUUUAUUGAUCUCUGUAAUUCGAGCUUUGUCAGCAAGUGAAACUAACGAACAACGAGAGAUAGAAAAAGCCAAGCUUGAAAAAGAAUACAAGAAGAGUGAUCAGAGGCUUGACGAAUUGGUAUCAUUACAUGAUCAGGACCUUACAGAAGUUAUGCAAAUAUUCAGUGCUUUAUCAGAGAAGGUAACAGUAUCUCGAGAAAAGAUUCAUGCAGUUAAAGAAAAUUUGAAUGCUUGCAAACAAUUAUUAAGGUGUAAACGAGAGGAACUGUUAAACCUAUGGCUUGAAGGAAUUGAACACAAACAUGUACUGCAUCUCUUAAAGGAUGUGACUCCUGAUUCUUGCACCAGAAUGUUACCUUUACCAGAAUUAGAUACGUUAUCGGCAUCUACAUCGUAUAAUACAGCAUCGGACUGAUAGUCACUAGAUUUAUUUGUAAUUAGUUGUAAUUUAAUCACUUUCUGUUUAUAAGAAUGAACAAAAUAUGAGAUUUAGUAAAUGAAUACAUGGAUUUGCACUAUUGAAAAUUGUAGUAUUCAUUCAUUUGUUAUAAUAUUUCUAUUCUUCAUAAUAAUAUAAAUAAUAAAGAUAGUCACUAGAUUUAUUUAUAA